CUUCCCCCUUCUUUUUUUUUUUCCUUUCUUCAUCAUCAGUAGCGGUUUACUUUUACCUUAUGUUAAAAUGUAAAUCUUACCGGGGCUCCGUCAAGUACGGCUCGCUGAGGGUUAUCUUGUGUGGGAUUAUUUUCUCUAUGGGUUUCCUUCCGUUCCCAGCCUUGGAGAACAGGUUUGCGCUUUCGGGCAACAACCACGUCUUCCUUUUUUUCUCAUGUUAUGGCUUCGCUAGGGAGUUUUUUCUGAAAAGAUAAAAUCCCCAUGCGCUGGAGCUGUGGAGGAGGCGGUACAUACAUA